AUGAAGUUUGUUGCCCUGCUUAGUGGUGGCAAGGACAGCUGUUACAACAUUGCACAUUGCCAGAAAUGGGGACAUGAACUUAUUUGCGCUGCAACGUUAUCCCCACCACAGGGUAAAGAUGAGAUAGACUCUUUCAUGUACCAAACCGUGGGGCAGGACGCUAUUGAGUUCGUGGCUCGAGCGCUUGAAGUACCACUUGUUCGGAGAACAAUUGAAGGUCAAGCAGUGGAGCAAGGCGCUGAAUACGGCACGAGAGCUGGCACCUCCCAAAUCUCGGCAGAUCAGCAAGGGGUGCUCGGCGAUGAAACGGAAGAUCUUUUCGAAUUGUUAACACACGUGAAGAGGCAAUUCCCAAACGUUGAGGCAGUUUCUGUCGGUGCCAUUCUGUCCACCUAUCAAAGGGUUAGGGUUGAGCAUGUGUGCCGACGUUUGCAAUUGACACCACUCGCAUAUCUUUGGCAACGUGGUCAAGUGGAACUCCUGGCAGAGAUGGUGGAAUCGGGUGUGGAUGCAAUCCUGAUCAAAGUAGCUGGCAUCGGCCUGACACCGCAACAUUUGGGAAAGUCGCUCGCAGAAAUGCAACCAACUCUCUUGAAAUUGGCAAGUACACAUCGUUUGUAUGGAGCCCAUCCCUGCGGUGAAGGAGGAGAGUACGAAACAUUGACACUCGACUGCCCAUCGUUCCGGCAUCGAAUAGAGCUCACCGACACCGAAACUGUUAUACACUCGGAUGCCGAUUUCGCUUCAGUUGCAUACCUCCGAGUCAAGAAUGCACGUCUCCUCCCGAAAGAGUUGGAGCAUGUCGAAAUACCGGCACCACCAAUGCUUUCAGAAGAGGCUCAAGUACUCGUCCAGACACCCCUACCCACUCGACAUGAUCCUGCGGUUCAGCCGCAAUAUAGAGAACCAACUACAUCGCCUGAUUCCGCCCAUCGCGUUCAUCCCAGAUUGCUCACCGGGCUUCCAUCCGUGUGCGUCAAGGGAGGAUGGCUUAGCAUUGGCAACGUACAAUAUGUGCCGUCGACUCCAUCAGAACAGCAGAAGCUGACACUCGAUAUGGAGGCGCAAGCAUGUUUUGAAAUAAUAAACCACCACUUGAACGACCACGGCUUCACACUCGCGGACAUAGGACAAAUAAGCCUGUUCAUUUCUACGAUGGAUAUAUUCACGUCGAUCAACGCGAUCUAUUCAACUUACUUCGGUACGAGCCCUCCGACGAGAGCUUGUGUGGGUGUGGACUUGCCUUCCCCGGUUCGAAUAAGGAUGGACAUCAUCGCGUGCAACAAGCCUCAUCGUAUAGCACUCCAUGUUCAAGGGCUAAGUUACUGGGCGCCCGCCAAUAUUGGGCCAUAUUCGCAAGCUGCCGACGAAUGCGUAUUCGUGUCCGGACAGAUUGCUCUCAACCCUCCGACAAUGGCUCUUGCGGAUGAGUCAUUGCUGGUGCAGGCGGCGUUGUCAUUUCAGCAUCUUGAUCGUGUCGUGCAGGCUUUUCACACCAGCGGGGGAGGAUGGACCGGACGUGCGUUGUGUGCUGUGUGCUGGACCGCUUCCGUUGACGAUCUCCGUCCGGCUACCAUCUUGUGGAAAGCUAACUUGGAUUAUAAGGCCUGUGCAUAUCUAAUUUGUUGUUCUGUCAUUAAUUCAUAUCACAGGGUGUCGGAUCACCACCAGUCGUAUUCGCCGCUGUUGAAGAACUGCCGAGAAAAGCGAGAUUCGAAGCGCAGCUGA